AUGGAGAAGAUCACUAAGAAGGCCUUGGUGCAGUUCCUCGAGCAGCACCAUCUCCUUUCCGAUGCCCAACACGGCUUUCGAAGUGGUAGGUCCUGCCUCACGAAUCUGCUCUUUACGCUCGAACGCUGGACCAAAGCACUUGAUGAAGGCAAGGUGGUGCACGCCAUCUACAUCGACUUCAAAAAGGCUUUCGACAGCGUUCCUCAUCAACGUCUCUUGUACAAACUGCGCAACGCUGGAAUUCGUGGACGCCUUCUUGUAUGGAUCCAGAGCUUUUUGGCUGGACAGUCCCACAGAGUGCAGGUCGGGCGUCAACAGUCCUCAGAUGUAAGCGUGGUGAGUGGCGUCCCACAGGGCUCAGUCUUAGGUCCCACGUUAUUUCUCGUUUUCAUAAAUGACUGCGUCAAGGACCUAGACUGUGAUGCCAUCCUGUUUGCCGACGACAUAAAAUUGUGCAAAGUUAUUCACGAUACGGCAGACGCAGACCACCUGCAAGCAAACUUGAACAGGCUCGAAGACUGGUCGAAGCGCUGGCUUAUGCCCUUCAAUAUAAGCAAGUGUAACUUUCUUCAACUCGGCGGCUUCAGACCCCCCAGCUCCAGGACCUACUUUCUACACGGCAUACCACUGCAACAGGUUGACAGUCAGAAGGACCUGGGUGUAUGGAUUACAUCGUCACUCAAACCAACACUGCACUGCGCGAAGGCGGCUAAAUUGGCUACGGCCACAUUGCAACUCAUUAGGCGAGCAUUUAUGGGAUUUGACCCUGACUGCUUUUCCAAAAUAUUUGGCACCUUCGUGCGAUCUCAUCUAGAAUACGCCAUACAGGCGUGGAGACCCUGGACUGCCAAGGAUUAUACCGUCUUGGAGAAUGUCCAGAGACGGGCGACCAAAAUGACACACGGUCUGGAAGCACUGCCCUAUGAAACCAGACUGUCAAUCCUCAACCUGUUUCCCCUUUCCUACAGGCAAUUACGUGGUGACCUUAUACUAACAUUUCGCAUCAUCAACGGCCUAGACUGUUGUUUAGGUUCCACUGAUUAUUUCACCCAAGCUAACACGCCCACUUUGCGUGGUCAUCCCCUAAAACUACGCGCAGGGAAAUCAAGAACCAAUGGACGAAAGUCCUUUUUCAGUAACAGAGUGGUUGCAGCCUGGAAUGCCCUGCCUACCGAUGUUGUAACCUCCUCCUGUGUGAACUCCUUCAAGUGUAGACUUGACCUGCAUCAAGCUUCCCGAUUACCACCCCCACAUCCACUCACAUAA